GCGACGUCGAGGUCCAUGGAGUCUUCGAUGAGGAUAAGUGAAGAUGAGGGUUGGGAUGGUGAGGUGAAGGGACCACCAGCACAGCCGUUAUCGACCGUCCUGCCCGUCGACGGACUCGACCUCCCCCGCCCACAACCAUGGAAACUCUGCACCCUCCACAUCAACGCACUAAACUUUUGCCAAUUUGCAGCCCUUCCCAUCCACCCUCCGACCUCCUCCACCCUCGACGAGGACAAGGACCAGCCUCAACCACAACUCAUGAUCGCCACACCCGCCGUCCAAGAUUCCGACGGCAUCGACAUAAACACCCUACCCACCUGCACCCGUCUUCACACAAACGUCACCCCCACCCUUUCCUCCAAUGAGAAACCGGGGAUGGUCAUGGCCGUCGCACUCCUCGCCCCCACUACCCUCCUAGCAGGCUACGAAUCCGGGUACACGGUCGUCAUGAAACUUACAGCGAAUGGGACGUGGGAGACGGUCUAUGAUUCGAAGGUGCAUUCACAGCCGGUAUUGAGUUUGGGUGUACAUCCGUCGAGGGAGUGGUUCGUUACUACGGCUGCGGACGCGAUGAUCGCGUUCCACCCUCUCUUCCCCUCCUCCUCACCCAGUACCGGCAGUCCUACGUCGGAGCCGGCGGUGUAUAAUACGACACAUUCCGGGCUACAGGCCCUGGAUAUCCGUGACGAUGGGGAGAUAUUCGCGACGGGGGGGUGGGACGGCAAAAUUCGAAUAUGGCGACGUAAGGGGAAAGAGCCAAAACAGCUCGCGGUGUUGAAAUGGCACAAAGAAAGCAUUUACGCAGUCGCGUUUGGGAGGGGGGGACAAGGGAAGAAUUGGGUUGGGGUGGGGAGUAAGGAUGGGAAGAUUAGUUUGUGGGAGGUGUAUUGAGCGUUGCGUGCGACUGUCUUCAAGGGAUGUUGAAGCCUGACUGAUCCAUCAGACCCUAGUCUAGAUUUGUGCGAGUCAUUCACGUAUGCGAGUCGUACACCUGCAAAUCUGCGACCAAUCAUCGGGAUCUCGGGGUCAGCUGAGCAAUACGGACUCUGACCGUGCG